AUCAAAUGCCAUUUGACGUGCAAAUAGUAUUUUGCCAUCAUGCUCCGCUGUCAAGACAUGAACUGUAAGAGUUCAGACGUUCCAAGCGGAAUUCAAACAGUUUUCAAACCGAGUCAGUUAAAUUUCGUCACGAAGAUGUUUUGCAUUAUUUUUAACUUUUUCGGAUAUUAAAUUCCAGAUAUACUAGAAUAACUUUCCUGGGGUCGUAAAAUAAAGCUGUACAGUGUUGAGUUUCUAUGUAAUAAUUAAUACGUUAAUAUUGAAGUUUGUGCUGCCAAAACAAGGCUUUGAAAUAAGUUGAACAAAGCGUGACGGCAAAAUAAAAUGGCAAGCAGAAAGAAGGAGGUUCAGAUACAGGCCGAAAUUACAAGCCAGGAACAAUGGAAUGAGGCAAUGUCUGCUCCAGGUCUCACAGUUGUAGAUGUCUAUCAGAAUUGGUGUGGGCCAUGCAAAGCAGUCCAAAACCUCUUCAGAAAAAUAAAAAUGGAAUAUGGGGAUGACCUCCUGCAUUUUGCUGUUGCUGAAGCUCAAAGUGUCGAAGAGCUAUGUCCGUUUGAAGGGAAGUGCGAACCUGUCUUCCUCUUUUAUUCUGGUGGCAAAGCAGUGGGAAUUGUGAGGGGAGUGAAAGGACCUCUUCUGCAAAAGACAAUUUUAGAGAAACUGGAAGAAGAGAAGAAGAAACAAGAAAUGGGUUCAGAAUAUGUUCCUGAAGUUCACGACAUUUCUUUUGAAGAAGAUACAGGAAAGCUUGAGAAAAUGCACUCAGGUGAAACAAAUGAAGAUCAAAGUGGUGAUAGUUCAUUUCUUUUUAAAAUGAAUUAG